AUGAUUGGAAACUAUGAUCAUAUGUCAUUUACUUCAGAUAUAUGGACAGAUACCAGUUCAGGUGCUUCUUUGCUUAGUCUGACUUGCCACGGAAUAUCAGAUAAAUUUGAGCGAUCGUCAAUUGUAUUAAAAUGCGAGACUUUUGAUGACCGUCAUACUGGUGACAUAAUUGCAGAAAAAUUCAAGACAAUGCCUGCUGAAUGGAAUAUUUCAACUGAAAAAGUGCAUUGCAUAGUACGAGACGAGGGCUCCAACAUGAAAAGAGGUAUGCGAUUAGUGUUGUUAGAUGACUUAGAUUGUACCGUUCAUAAGAUGCAGAUUGCUAUAAGACAUGGUUUCCAAUCACAGGAAAACAUAAAAGACGUCAAAGAAAAAUGUAAAAAAAUUUCAACUCAUUUUAACCAUUCAACUAUUGCUCAAAAGCAACUUGAGAAAAUUCAAGAUAGACUAAAUCAACCGCAUCUGAAAGUAUUCCAGGAUUGCGAGACGCGCUGGAACAGCACAGAGUACAUGUUUGAGCGUUUUACUAAGAUAAAAGAUGCUUUGAGUCUUUACACAAAUGACAACAAAAUUGAAUCAAUUUUUCCAGAAGAGUGGAAAGUAAUAGAAUGUUGUCUUGAACUACUGAAACCUUUUGAAGAAGCCACUCAUGAAAUGAGUAGCUCACAGGCUCUCAUAUCAUCUGUGAUUCCCAUCAUUCAAAUGCUUCUUAAAAAACUUGACGACUAUUUAGCGAAACCAACAGAGACAGAUCCGAUUCAGUUGGCAGCAUCAAUUCUGAAAACACAAUUUUCAGCUAAGUUUUCUUCCUUAGAAGAUAGCAAUUUAUUUGCUAUUGCAACGUAUUUAGACCCUCGCUAUAAACAUAAAUUUUUCAAACCAGUCACGGAAGAAAAAAUAAAGGAUGCUAUUUUGAAGAUCGUAAAUGAUCCAGUUUCCACUGGAUCUCCUGAAUCGUCACCAAGUUGGGAAACAUCAAAAAGGAGGAGAUUGGAAGAUGCUCUCGAUCCUGAACCAGGGACAUCUGGUAUGGGUAAUAAGAGUGGCUUUAAAAGCGAUCUUGCCAUGAUGUUAGAUUCAUCAAGCGAAGAUGAAGGUGAAGGAGAACCUGACGACAGUAGCCCCGAUAUUUUUCUUCGGAAAGAACUUGUUAUGUAUCGCAAUAAAAAAAGACUAGAUUUAGAUGAAAAUCCACUCAAUUGGUGGAAAGUUAAUUAG